GCCGCCAAGGCGGCUAGCUGCUCCCGUGUGGCGAAGCUUGGUUGUGAGGAAGAGCCGGGACAGCGCGCACCCAGGCCCCGGCUUACACUGCCGGGAAAGAGCGAGCGAGCGAGCGAGGCAGGCUAGCAAGGCCGGGCGGUACCACUGAGCGGACGAGGCCGGGGGCGGCGAUCGCUUCGUGAGGGAGCGCUUGGACCGUACCAUUCUGUGGAGCGGGGGAGAGAGCUCCUCGUCGCUUCGGCCCUCAGGAGCAGGCAGGCGGGCGGUGAUGUGGCGGCGCUGAGGGAAGGCAGGCAGGCAGGAAGGAGGCAGGCAGGCAGGCAGGGCGAGCGAGCGAGCCAGCACCGAAGCGGCGCCAUCAUGGCGGAGCCGGCCGGGAGCCCCCCAGCGGCCGAGCCCUCGUCGGCGGCGGCCUUGGACCCGGAGUUCCCCCCUCAGAGCCGGCCGCGCUCCUGCACUUGGCCUCUGCCUCGGCCCGAACUGGUGGCGGCGGCCGAGCCGGAGCCCGGCGGCGGGCCAGGGGCCGGGAGCGGCCUGGGCAGCCCCGAGGAGCCUGGCGGGGCGGCGCUGGCUGCUGCCGCCGCUGCUGCUGCACCCGGCGCCGGCGGCGGGGCGCGCAAGAGCGGCGGCUCGGGCGGGGGCUCCGGCGGGGCGCGGCGCAACGCCUGGGGCAGCCAGUCGUACGCCGACCUCAUCAGCCAGGCCAUCGAGAACAGCCCGGAGAAGCGGCUGACGCUGGCCCAGAUCUACGACUGGAUGGUCCGAAACGUGCCUUACUUCCGAGACAAGGGAGACAGCAACAGCUCCGCCGGGUGGAAGAACUCCAUCCGACACAACCUCUCCCUGCAUAGCAAGUUCAUGAAAGUGCACAAUGAAGCUACUGGGAAGAGCUCUUGGUGGAUGCUCAAUCCCGAAGGUGGGAAAAGCGGGAAAGCUCCACGGAGGAGAGCAGCCUCCAUGGACAACAGUAGCAAGCUGCCCAAACCCCGAGGGAAAGUCUCCAGGAAGAAGCUACCCAUGCCGGUGGCCCCGGAACCUACUGCAGACAGCCCAAGCUCCCAGUACCCCAAGUGGCCUGGCAGCCCUUCUUCCAGAAGCAAUGAGGAAUCUGAUGUGUGGACCAGUAUCCGGCCUCGGACCAGUUCCAAUGCCAGCACCAUCAGUUUGGGGCCUUCUCCCAUCCUAGCCGAGCAGGAUGACCUUGCUGACGAGGAGCUCCUCCCCUCCCACGUCUACUCCGCUGCGUCCAACAAUGUCCCGCCCACUGUGACAGAGGAGCUGGAACUCAUCGAUGGCCUGAACCUGAUGUCGCCUAGCUCGUCCUUGCUUUCGGCUCAGCAGCCUCCUUCUAGCAGCCUGGCCCAAAGAAAUCCCAGCUUCCCCUUGCGAGCUCAGACCUCGGCUCCUCAGGCCCCGUCCUUCGGCAGCUCCCUCUUCAACCCCGUCGAUAUCUCGCUGCACAGCUCUGCUGGCUGUUUCUCUGGUCCACAGAGACUGGAAGACCUCCUGACGUCCAAUUCGCCACCGCCCAGUGAUGUGAUGAUGACCCAGGUGGAUCCCAUCCUCCCACAGAACGGAGGCAGGUUGAACAGCCAGACUUUCCUGCUCCUGGAGGAGCAGUCCUCCAAAAACAAGAUGAGCCCAGUUAGCCUACUCAGAAAGCCUUUGGAGCAGCAGCUGGAGCCAGUUGGUGUCACGGCUUUGCCAUCGGCCUUUACCAUGGUGUCGUCUCCUCAGAAUACCAUUGGCCUGUCUGCUUUGAAGUCAUCGGGCCCAGCACAGUCUGCCCAAGUGGUCCAGCUGAGUACCCAGCCCCCUCUGUCAGCUGCCAUGUUUGCCUCCUUCGGAGGGAAUCAGGACCGGCUUCCCAACGACUUGGACGAUAUGCACAUGGAGAACCUUGAAUGUGACGUGGAUUACAUAAUCAACACUGACCUCAUGGAUGGAGAAGGACUGGACUUCAAUUUUGAACCCAACCACACUUGGGUACCAAGUUAACUUCAGGAUUGACAAGUGCCCUUCUGGUUUUGGAGCUUUCGUAUCCCCAGAAGAGUCUGGAAUGCAAGGAGCACCUGGCGUCUGUCUUGCUGCUCUGCAAACCAGCUAGGAGUGAGGGGGAAACUGCGACGGGAAGAGAGAGAUCCUGUUAAGUGCCACAUCUUUUCCUAAGUCUACUGUAAGCCCUGCAAGCCCCACCUAGGCCUCCCUGCAGGAGCCUAAGAAGGCGAGCCCUCAGACGUGCUCCACCCAUGGCCAAAGACUCUUCCUGCCCUGCAGAAGCACUCUCCAAAUCGAUGGACUCUGACCCAGUCACAAGGGGUUGGGCGCUUUGUGCUGACGACGUCGCCCCUCCAGCUGAUUCCUGCCUCCACUCUUCUUUGACCUGGCACCCUCCGCCUCGAUCGCAGGAUGGCUGGGAAGACGGAUGGCGAAUCUUGUGGCCGCCUGAGCUGAGAAGGCCCUCCUGUGGGGCACGUGUCCGUUGGGAGCAAGUGGGGAGGCAAGUGGAGAGAAACGAAACUGUCCUGCAGGGGAGGGGAGACCGACAAGCUUAUUCUUCACUCUACCAGCCAACACACCCCUUCUAGAAGUUGAGGCCUGACCGGGCCUGGCGAAGGCCCCACCUGUGCGGUCAUUGGUAGCACUUCCCUGAAAUUGUGACUGCCCCAAUGCAGGCAAGCAGGUGCUAAAAGCUGUUGCUAAGAAACCAAAACAACUUCUCUGUGACUUCUUUCCUGGGCUGUCUUGCUACAGCGGAGAAAUGGAGAACCCAGAUCCGGCCUUAACUAGAGCCCUGAUUGGUGUUAAUGUUUUUCCUUCUUUUUCUAAUCCAGAAGGGCAUUUUCUACAGGUGAACUAUUUUGGAGGGGUUGGGUUGGGUUGUUACUUUGUUUUGUUUUUUACUAAUCCGUGCAGGGGGGACGGGGCUUUCUGUGGUAGCCUUCAAACCAUUGUAAGUAUCUCCAUAUGAGUGCCUUUCCCUCCCUCUGACGGCACUGGCAGAAGCAGUGGUUUUUUGAGCUGCAUCAAGAACAACUUGGCAAUUUCUUGGGUGCAUUAGCUGGGUGGCGGGAGAAGGGCACCAAGCCAGCCUUGUUCUUUGGAACUGGGGCAGGUGAGGGAGUUGUACAUUAUAAAUAAUUACCUGUAAAGCUAGCCACAGAUUAACUAGAAGCUUUUGUAAACCUGGGGCAGGCGGGGAGGGUGACGGAGGGGGUGGGGGAGAGAAGCUGUCUAUAUUUUAACAGAGAAUCCUAUCAAAUUAUUGGCUAAACGUGCAGCCCGUUUUCUCGCAGCUUUGUACCUUUUGAUACCAGACAGAACACUAAAGCACACAAGGCCAGGAACUGGUCUGAAGAUGGGAUUAGGGGAAAGCUAUUCUGGGGGUGGGGGUGGAGGUGGGAUUGGGGAAAGGGGGUUAGCUCAGGCGCAGUGGCUUCUCCUACACGGAGGCGCGCUCCUGGCCAGCUUGCGCUUUCAGCAACUAAUCAUGAAUCACCAGCAGGACAUAUUGGGGUCCUCUAAGAGUUAGAAUAGUUGGAUCACAGCUGCCACUUCUGAGCCCUUGACCAAUUUGUGCAGACCGGUGUCAGAGGGAGCACCAACUCAGGCUCACCUCUGCUCAGCACGUGUGGCAGCUUGGAGGUUGUUGGGUCUGCCUGGAGUCGGCUGUUGCUACGGAGCAAAGUAGGCCCAAGAAGAACAACGGGUUUUGUGGUUGGAGAUCUCUUUAUUGCUGUGAGGAGAGAAUCUUGGGAGUCAGGGAAAGGUGAUCUGGCCGGUCCCUGUCAAGUCUGGAGUAUUCAGUGUGGCAGGAAUAGCAAGCACAGGAGGGUUUCCUUCUAGCAUCAACCCCCUUGAUAAGCUGGCGACAGUUGCAGGCUAUUCUUUCUGCCUUGAGUAUGCUUGGAGUUUCACUAGCAAUACUGGCGACAGAGAAAAGUUGAAGUUUUGCCUCCUUAAAGUAAAGCUGAGCCCUGGCACAAGUUCCUUCUCUAGAUAGCUAGUUCCAGGAAGCUUCCUCCACAGCAUUUCUGCAGUUAAUGGAAGUCCGUUCUGGCUGAGGCUGGCCAGGGCAAAAGUUUUGUGUCCAAAUGUGUUACUCACAUGUGAGUAGUGUGUUCUUGGCGAGCCACAGCUUGGAGGAUGGAAGACGCAGCCCAGACUCUUGUGUGCAACUGCAGCCUGGUCCAAGGUACCAAGUUUUUGCUGUUUUCUGGCCUGGCCUUUGAGCAAGCCACGUCAGGUGUGUGCAUUUUCAAGCCAGGCCCUGUAACUCUUCUCUGGGGAAUUGGGGCAGUGGCCUGGCUUGACCUGGUACUUUGCAUUCUUCCAGCACCGGUGUUGCCUCCAUAGCAGCUAGCGGAGCUGAAUGAGUAAUACAGCUAGCUUGAAAUGCGAAAGGAGCCAAGAGAGAUGAGCUGGAGCUUCUGGUGCAAGGAGCCUGGCACAUUUUUGCUUUCUCAGUGCCCACACUAGUUAAUUGGAGGAACUAAUCAGCCCCCUGUCCUCCUCGGCUUGGCAAAACGUGGGCUGCAGCCUGGAGUCUUUGGUCAGGUUUAGCGGGAAGUGAGAGUCAUUGUGACGCUGGCGGCUGGUGUUCAGGCAUUGUCUUGAGCUGUGCUGGAAAGGCAAGUGUGAAUUUCCAAAGGUGAGGUGGAUGUAAAGCUAUGGCCUGUAGCUCAGGACUGGUUAAUUCUAUAAGAACUGCUCUACCCCACCACCCUGGCUGUGGUUUCAUACCUGCAGCUACCCCUAAUGCAUGCUUAAACUCUGCUUUCCACUUGUAACCAUGCAUUGGAAGAGUGGGCCAUGUCAAACUCUUUCAUUCAAAGGACUACUUCAGUGUUCUACAGGGUGUGAAGGAUGAACUGAUCUUCAUUAAGCGAUCUUGAAAAGGCAGCCGGAACCCCUUGGUGGUUCUUUUUCCUCCCCAGCUCUUUGGGGUUCACUGAAUGCAAGGAGGAGGCUGUUCUUGCUGCAUGGUAGCAUUUCUGCCUUGGAUGAGCCAGAGUGGAAGACCGUAGGAGUGAGGCUGCAGGGGCUGGCUCUGCCAUUCGGGAUCUAGGAGCAACUGGAUUGGAUCUCUGUGCAUGUCUCAGGGCAGACUGUAAAGGAUUCUCCCAUCCCAGAAAGAACCUCUUGACACAGCAGCUUAGCUAGGGCAGGCCUCUUUCCAGGGCAGUGUGAUGGAGGACCCUGGGGUGAUAGAAGGUUGUGCAUUGUAUAAAUACUCCCAGGGCUGCUCCUUCCCUUCCUGGUUUGUGGGGUGCGGGGUCAUUGGUGGUUUGGAUGGGAGCUGGUGCAAGCAGGCUCAGUCUUAUUUUGCCUGAGGAAUGGACUCCUGCCCACUCCCCACUGCCCUCACUUCCCCUUGCUAUAUUUGGGUUCCGUUCCUUGUAGCAAUAGAAUCUCUACUCCCUUCCAGGGCUUUCCAGUAGCUCCCAUACGCUAGAGAGCCCGUGUGAAAUGUGUUGGAGGGCAAAAUGUGACAAAUAAAUCUCUGUAAUCUUC